GCCUGAGGGAACCCGCACCCGCCUGAGGGAACCCGAACCCGCCUGAGGGAAUUCGGACCCGCCUGAGGGAGAAUCGGACCCGCCUGAAGGAAAUUCGGACCCGCCUGAGGGAAUUCGGACCCGUUUGAGGGAACUCGGACCCGCCUGAGGGAAGCCGAACCCGCCUGAGGGUACUCGGACCCGCCUGAGGGGACUCGGACCCGCUUGAGGGAAUUCGGACUCGCCUGAGGGAAGCCGGACCCGCCUGAGGGAAUUCGGACUCGCCUGAGGGAAUUCGGACCCGCCUAAGGGAACUCGGACCCUUCUGAGGGAAGCCGAACCCGCCUGAGGUGACUCGGACCCGCCUGAGGGAACCCGAACCGGGAGGAGCAAAACCGCUUCGGAGAAAACCGUCCCGAAACACCCGAGCCGGCAGCGUCCCGCGCUAAGGAACGCCAGCCCGCCCGGAGAGGAGCCGAACCGGGACCGUCCCGUCCAUAAGGAGCCGAACCGAGCCCCCCAGAACUCCCCCCGGAACAACCCGAACCCACUCGGCCCCCGCGAUGCCCCCUCCGUGCCGCCCCCCGUCCCCGCUGCGCUGCGUCCAGGCCCUCAGCGCCCUCCUGGCGCUGGCGCUGGCCGCGGCGCCCGGCUACUGGAUCCCGGGCGAGGGCGACGGCUGCUUGUCCGCCUGGGCCUUGUCCUUCGUCUUCACCACCCUCCUCCUCCUCAACGACGCCUUCCGCCGCCCGCCGCCGCGCCGCGACCUCCCGCUGGCGCUGGCCACCGCCGCCGCCAUGGCCUGUGCCACCGCCACCGUCCUGUGGCCGCUGGGCCACCUGCGGGGACACGAGGGUGGCCAAGGCCGCCCCCGCGCCCUCCGCGCCGCCGCCACGGCCGCCUCGGCCGUGGCCACGCUGGCCUACGCCGCCGAGGUGACCCGCGACCGGGCGCGGCCCGGCGAGGCCGCCCCGUACCUGGCCACCCCCUCGGGGCUGCUCAAGGUGGCCGAAGCCUUCCUCGCCCUGCUGCUCCUCGGGCUGUCGGCCGAGCUGGGCGCGGCGUCGGGGCCGGCGGCCGUGCGCUGGUGCCUGGGCAUCUUCUGCGUGUCCUUCGUGCUGGGGGUGCUGCUGGUCGGCAGCUGCCUGCUGGGCUGGGGCUGGUGCGGCUGGAUGCGGGACCCCGAGGGGCUGCGCUGGGGGCUGGGGGUCUACGCCGGGCUGGGGGUGGUGGCCUACGGGGCGGCCACGGUGCUGUGGGCGCUGUACAGCUUCUCGGACGACAUGGGGGGCCAGUCCCGGAGACCCUACGGCUGCCACGCCACCUGCCCCUGGGACAGGAAGGUGCUGGUGGCCGUGCUCAGCGGCCUCAAUCUGGUGGCCUUCGGCGUGGAUUUGGGGCAGACGGGAAGGUUGGUGCUCUUGAGGGCCUGAGGGGGCACCCCAGGGUGAGUGGGGGGGGGGAUCCUGGGGGGAGGCAGAGCCUUGAGGGGGGUCUGGGGUCUCCCACAGGUUGGGAUCAGGGCCUUCGUGGGGGUCUGGGUUGAUUCCUGGGUUUCUCAGGCUCCCAAAGGAUCCUUCUGUGGGGGAGGUUUGGGGUCUUAAGAGGGACCUGGGGGGGUGUUGGGGGUCCUGAUGGGGGUUUGGGGGUCACCCCAGGGUGGGAUCCAGCCUCUCUGGGGGUCUGGGGUCCUCUCCUGGGGUGGGAUCAGGCUCCUAAUGGGGGUCCUGGACCAUCUGUAGGGCAGGAUUGAGCUCCUAAUGGUGGUCUGGGGUCACCCCGGGAUGGGAUCCAGCCUCUAAUGGGGGUCUGGGGUCACCCCAGGGUGGGAUCCAGCCCGUAAUGGGGGUCUGGGGUCACCCCAGGGUGGGAUCCAGCUUCUAAUGGGGGUCUGGGGUCCUCUCCUGGGGUGGGAUCAGGCUCCUAAUGGGGGUCCUGGACUCUCUGUUGGACAGGAUUGAGCCCCUAAUGGUGGUCUGGGGUCACCCUGGGAUGGGAUCCAGCCUCUCUGGGGGUCUGGGGUCACCCCAGGGUGGGAUCGGGGUGCUGUGGAGGUCUGGGGUCUCCCCUUGGGCUGAGAUCCGGCCCCUGCUGGGAGUCCUGGAUCCUUUCUGGGGCAGCAUCGGGCCCUUUUCGGGGUCAGGGUCCCCUCUGGGGGAUAAUGGAACCCUAAUGGGGAUCCUGGCUCCUCCGUGGGGUGGGAUUCAGCCCUUGAUGGUGGUCGGGGGUCCCGCCAGGGUGGGAUCGGGUGCCUGAAUGGGGUCUGGAUCCUCCGUGGGGCAGGAUCUGGUGCUUAGGGGGGUCUGGGAUCAAGUGCCUGAGGGAUCCUUCCUGCAGGGGUGGUGGGAUCACAAGGGGGUCUUGGGGAGGGGGACACCGCCGAGGCCUUAAAUUGGGGAGUGUUGUCAUUAAAGGGACAUUUCUGCUUCUUAA